GUCAAUAAUCUAGCUUGCGGAGGAACACGUUAUUGUGAGAUAAAAAAAAUUAAGAAAGCAGUAAAAGAAAUGUUCAAAUAUCCAAAAAAUGCGCAUGCGUAUUUUUGUCACUAUGCGACUAAUACAUUUUCUCAAACAAAUGUUGUGUAUUAAUCGUUUAGUUUUGCAGUGUGAGGGUUCUUCAGAAGCUCCAAGCCUAGGUAAAGAAGAAAUUGAAAGUUGUUUUUUAAUAAAUUAAUGACAUGUAUUUUCGUAUAUGCAGCUGAGUUCACACAGAUAUUGAAAGUGUGGAUCGGUAAUGGCAUUAAUUAACUAUUGCCCGGGACCACAGUGACACGAUGGAACAAUUUCAAACUGAACGUGAUAAAGCUGAGUUCUGUGUUUAAUUGGGCCGUGAUCUUCACAGAUCAUACAGCUUUGCAAUACUUGAUUGGCGUUGAAGAAUCACUGAACCCAGUUGGCUGUGAUUGCAUGUGGUCAUUCCAUGACAGUUCAGUCAGUUGCUGUGCUACCAGUCUGGACGGCCAGUGCGAGCGUGAUAUCACCCAUUGAAAACGAUGCUGCUUGACUUUCCUGCGCCCUACCUGUGCGUUUGUCUCCAAGUCGUCUGCUUAACUUGGGUCAGCUCGGAGUAUUCUUCACAAAACGAGUCCGAGUACGAUUUCGGGGAUUACCGAGGGAAGUGGUGCCUGGAUGACAAUGGAUUUGUGUAUAAUAUUGGAGAGACGUAUUACCCGGCUCCGACCGCUUGCCCCUGCACUUGCACGGAAGAGGGCCCCCUGUGCGUAAAGCCCCGGUGUCCGCGGGUUCACCCGCGCUGCACUCGGCUGAGAUUCAAGUCCUGCUGUCCGUACUGCAUGGAGAUAAGGGACGUAUGUGAGUACGGAGGGAAGACGUACAAGUUGCUUGAAGAGUUUGAGCUAUCGCCCUGUGAACGAUGCCGUUGUGAAGCAAACAGAGAAGUGCACUGCAUGGUUGCCGAGUGCCCAUCCCUCCUUUGUGUGGACCCAACAUACGAGCCCCGCCACUGCUGUCCUAUCUGCAAAAAUGGACCGAACUGUUUCGCGGCAAACACCAUCAUCCCUGCGGGGGUGAGAGUGGAGGUGGAUGACAAGACUGUGUGUUUUUGCUCACACAAGGACGGAACCUGGGAGACGCAACACCAGGCCACCUGCGUAAAACGCAACAGUGCAAACAAGCGCCAGAGAGAGCAGAUGGAGACCCAAUUGCUCCCUGAGACGGAAGAGAUACCAUAGACACGCUGAAGGACAGUGUCAAGUAAAGUCAUGCCUCCACUCGACAGCAUGCUCCCUCCUGCGGGAUCAUAGCCCUUGCCCAGGACCGAUCUGUGCAUUUGUUCUCGUUUUCCUGCAUUGAAAAAAAUUGAUUAAGGCUGAUCCAAAUUAUUUAAAGAGAAACUGGCUACUGGUUUGAAAUACCAGGGUUAUUGUAAAGCAUAUUUUAUGUAAUGUAUUCCACUGGUUGGUUAAAUAAAGGACUAAUACCCCCCUAA